GGUGGUAUCCAUUCCUCUCAUUCUCUGACAUCUAGUCUCUAGUCCUGGAUGAUCACUGAACUCAGAAAAGGCACUGGAAGCCCUGGAGUCAGAAAAACAAAAACAAAAACAAACUUCUGUUCUCUCCAAGCUGCACUCAUUAAGAGAGAAAUGAGGAUUCAUAUUGCAGAAAGUUUUCUAACAAGGUUAAGCCUUGAUUAACUGGAGAACUCCAUGAGUCAGAACAAACUUGUUGGGACCUAGCGUGAGCUUUACCUGUAGUUGGAGCUCAGUGAAUUCCCCUAAGAUUAUGGUUGAAAUUGCACCACAGAAAGAUCUCAGCCACUCACAGGUGCUUGUCGUCCCAGGGUCCUGUCUGCCCCAGCAUUUCCUUUCUGCUUUUCUUCCCCUUUCUUGCAUGAAGAGACAUCUAGGCUGAUAGGAAAUGUGAUGACUCAUCUGACAUCAGAUCGAAUCCUUUUUAUUCGCCCUUCAUGUCUGCCUCAGUCUCUGAUCCUGGGAAUAACCAUGUGAAGUCCUGGGGAUGUUUUGAUUUCUCAGAAGACACACACAGAUUGCAGUGGGCUUCUGAUGAUGUCAAGGUUGGAUGCAUGUGGCUGACUGAUAGUUCUUUGUUUUCCACAAUCCUUUGCCUAGAAAAAAGGAAUCCAAGUGUGUUUUGACCAUGCCGACCAGCAAGGGGCAGGGAUUCUUUCACAGGGGCUUGUAUCUCUGGCUGUGUGUGUUCACACCUUUCUUUAAAGGUGGUGCGGGCUGUGCAACUGAGGAGAGGCUUUUCCACAAACUGUUUUCUCAUUACAACCAGUUCAUCAGGCCCGUGGAAAACGUUUCUGACCCCGUCACGGUGCACUUUGAAGUGGCCAUCACCCAGCUGGCCAACGUGGAUGAAGUAAACCAGAUCAUGGAAACCAAUUUGUGGCUGCGUCACAUCUGGAAUGAUUAUAAAUUGCGCUGGGAUCCAAUGGAAUAUGAUGGCAUUGAGACUCUUCGAGUUCCCGCGGAUAAGAUUUGGAAGCCCGACAUUGUUCUCUAUAACAAUGCUGUUGGUGACUUCCAAGUCCAAGGCAAGACAAAAGCUCUUCUUAAAUACAAUGGCAUGAUAACCUGGACUCCACCAGCUAUUUUUAAGAGUUCCUGCCCUAUGGAUAUCACCUUUUUCCCUUUUGAUCAUCAAAACUGUUCCCUAAAAUUUGGUUCCUGGACGUAUGACAAAGCUGAAAUUGAUCUUCUAAUUAUUGGAUCAAAAGUGGAUAUGAAUGAUUUUUGGGAAAACAGUGAAUGGGAAAUUAUUGAUGCCUCUGGCUACAAACAUGAUAUCAAAUACAACUGUUGUGAAGAGAUAUACACAGAUAUAACCUAUUCUUUCUACAUUAGAAGAUUGCCGAUGUUUUACACAAUUAAUCUGAUCAUCCCCUGUCUCUUUAUUUCAUUUCUAACCGUGUUGGUCUUUUACCUUCCUUCAGACUGUGGUGAAAAAGUGACGCUUUGUAUUUCAGUCCUGCUUUCUCUGACUGUGUUUUUGCUGGUCAUCACAGAGACCAUCCCGUCCACAUCUCUGGUGGUCCCACUGGUGGGUGAGUACCUGCUGUUUACCAUGAUCUUUGUCACACUGUCCAUCGUGGUGACUGUGUUUGUGUUGAACAUACACUACCGCACCCCAGCCACACACACCAUGCCCAGGUGGGUGAAGACAGUUUUCCUGAAGCUGCUGCCCCAAGUCCUGCUGAUGAGGUGGCCUCUGGACAAGACAGGUGGCACAGGCUCUGAUACAGUGCCCAGAGGCCUUGCCAGGAGGCCUGCCAAAGGCAAGUUUGCAAGCCUUGGGGAACCCAGACAUCUUAAAGAAUGCUUCCACUAUCACAAAUCAAAUGAACUUGCCACCAGCAAGAGAAGAUUGAAUCAUCAGCCGUUACAGUGGAUGGUAGAAAAUUGGGAGCACUCGCCUGAAGUUGAAGAUGUGAUUAACAGUGUUCAAUUCAUAGCGGAAAACAUGAAGAGCCACAAUGAAACCAAGGAGGUAGAAGAUGACUGGAAAUACGUGGCCAUGGUGGUGGACAGAGUAUUUCUUUGGGUAUUUAUAAUUGUCUGUGUGUUUGGAACUGCAGGGCUAUUUCUACAGCCACUACUUGGGAGCACAGGAAAAUCUUAAAAUGUAUUUUCCUUUAUGUUCAGAAAUUUACAGACACCAUAUUUGUUCUGCAUUCCCUGCCACAAGGAAAGGAACGCAAAGGCUUCCCACGCAAGUCCCCCAUCUGCUAAAGCUGAUGGCUAGAUGGAAAAAGAGGACUUUCUUGCACCUCAGGAGGCGGAAUAUCCUCCAGUGUAGCACAGGGGGAGAAGUGAGAAGUGUUAUGACAUUAGUGCCCAGAUUGGGCAGCACCCACGGCUACAGUAUCAGGUCAGUUUUCUCAUGUCUGUGUGUUUGGCUUCCCAGGACACAGAUGACUUACAAUACAGCCUAACUAUGUAAUUGACAUCAAGCCACACUAAGAAGUUCUGCUUUACCUCCAGCGGUUGCUGUUUCUCAGUAUUAUGACAUAUGACAGGUGAACUCCGGGAAUUGGACCUUGCAACAUUUGUGAACUGUUUACAAUACUUGUGAACUAUUGCAUCCUUGAUUUCUUGUGCAUGUCUCUGUGAUGUAGCUCACCCCCCUCAGCAUUAUUUGAUAUAGAUUGUUUGUUUU